AUGACUGAGAAUUCAAAUAACGAAGAUAAACAAUUUAUAAACUAUGGACUACCCCCAGAUAUAGUGUUAACAACUUUACCGUAUUUGGACGCUGCUGACAUUAAAAACCUAUCGUUAACAAAUAAAUAUUUUAAUCGUUUGCUCGAUUAUCAAGGUUCUAAUACCCUAUGGCGUGAAUUAUAUCGUAAAGCAUUUGGGUAUAAUCAUACUAAUGAUGAACCAUUUAUUUCAAAUAGCGGGGAGGACUAUAAGACAUGUUCGGAAAUGAUAUUGGUUAAUAAUUACCCUGAAGCUACAUGGUUAUCAAGAUAUAAAUACAGACAGCAUAAUGUUUCUUUCCAUACCUGGGGAUGUUUGCAACAUGCUAGGCUUGGGUAUACUACAACUUCUCACCCGGAGGUGACUUCGCUGAUAUCGGGUCCUGAGCAAAGACGGCGGACAGGCAUAAAUAAGCCGACGCCAGUACCCUGGUUUAAGGAUGCAGCGAACGAAAAAAGUGAAGCUUCGGGUAGAAAGCAUCAGCGUCAGCCCGAUGCGGAUGAUAAAAGCAUUGUACAAAUAUCUGCUGGUGGUUUUUCUUUUCAGUUGCUAACGAAGUCCGGCAAGUUGUUCUCCACAGGUACAACCUAUAACGGAAGUCAUCGGGGACCUGGCCCUAAAAAUAAUGAAAGAGACUUCAAUGUACUACAGGAGAUGGUCACUUCUCUCGAGGAAAGUUAUCCAAGGAGAAUGCACGAGUCAAUCGUCACGAGCGGGAUGUUUGGCAUAGGUCCAGGAACUAUAAGGAUAAUACCUAAUCCUCACCAAGACAUGUACCGUUCAAUAAGUGAUCUUUUGUCAAAGUGCGAGGAAUAUGUAACUGACAAUCAGUAUGUUCGGCGGUUGUUCGCAAGAGACUCUUUCAACUUUUACAUGGACGAAUCCGAUUUUACAAUUGAUAGGAAGUCUUUUGAUAAGAUUAAAUUCGUAGCCGUAUCUUCAGGCAGAGCACACAUAUUGGCCUUAGACGAUAAGAAUGAGGUAUACUCGUGGGACAGUCCUGGCGUAGAUCAUGGCGUCAGAUUACUGUUUGAAGGCCUACCCACCCGUGCGGGCAAUCCAGUUCUUAAAAUUGGUUGCGGUUGGGAUUUCAAUUGCGUAUACAUAUAUGCGGUUGGUUUGGUAGUCUGGGAUUCAAGAUAUCCGCUUAAGAAGGGCGAUAUGGCUUCUAAAGCAGACUAUAAAGUAAUCCCAGAAACAGGUGAUAUAAAUGGACCCAACAGGAUACUAGAUUUUGCAUGCUGUUCUGCAAAAACUGUAUUCUAUAUAACAAAUGAGGGAGACAAGUUGUGGAUGUACAGCCACGAGAGGACUACUCAUGUUGAUCUUCCAAUCAAUGGAAGAUUCAGGAAAAUUGAAGCUUCAAGAAUGUCUCUAGCAAUAUUUACAGAGCAAAGUACUUAUACUUUGAAAAUAUCUGACGGAGAGGUCGUUGACGGCUCCUUAGUUAACAUAGACAUCGCACCUGACAAAAAAUUCAUCACUCUAUCAUCCGGUGAUUACCAUAACAUUGCCCUAACUGAGGAUGGCGAAUUGUAUUCUUGGGGUUUAGAAAGUGAACUAUGUGGUUGCCUUGGAAUUGGUGAUGCCAGGGAAGCAGUGGAGGUACGCAACGUAGCUACAUAUCAAUCAUCGACAAGCAUAUGCGUUGCGCAGCCUACAAAGGUGCAAUUACCAUCAAAUUCAGUUUGUGUAGCGAUAGCUGCUGGAGGCUGGCAGUCUGGAGCUUUGAUCCUUCAAAAAUAG